CGCAACGCAAUAAAAGCUCCUCUCUCUCUCUCUCUCUCUCGCUCUCAAACCCCAACUCUAAUAAAUAAAAACCUCUCAUCCAUCGCCUCGUCUUCUUCGUCUCUCUCCCUCCACCUCCGCUCCUACUCUGCUGCUCCACCACGACCAAAAGCCAUGCCUAUGCUGCUGCUGCCGCUCUCCUCCUCUUCCGCCAUUGCCGCCACCUGAGCUGAGCUCUUGUACUCGCUACGCUACUCAAGAUGGCUUUCGCCACGCUCUUUGACUCCCUCUACUGCCCCGAGGAGCACCUCGACCUCUUCCAUGACACCGCCGCCGACGACGACCUCCACCUCGACCUUCACCUGCACCAACCCCCACCGCCGCCGCCGCUCCUCGACGACGACCUGCCUGCGCUGUUCCACGCGCUCAGGGGGAAGGAGGACCCGCUGCGCCCCGCCGCCGACGACGACGGCUACGGCGGGGUGUCUGCCCGGGAGGCGGCGGUCGGGUGGGCGCUGCGCGCCGUCGCGAGGCUCGGCUUCUCCGCGCUCACGGCCGCGCUCGCCGUCGCCUACCUCGACCGCUGCUUCCUCGGCGGCGCGCUCCGCCUCGGCGACCGCCCCUGGAUGGCGCGCCUCGCCGCCGUCGCCUGCGUCGCGCUCGCCGCCAAGGUGGAGGAGACGCGCGUGCCCGUGCUCCUCGACCUCCAGCUCUGCGCCGCCGAACGCGCCGACCCCAACGAGGCCUACGUGUUCGAGGACAAGACGGUGCGCCGCAUGGAGCUGCUGGUGCUCUCGGCGCUCGGAUGGCGGAUGCACCCCGUGACGCCCCUCUCCUACCUCCAACCCCUCCUCGGCACCGCCCACGCCGCGCGCCUUCACCACUGCGACACCGCAUUGCUCGCGCUGAUGCCCGAUUGGAGGUGGCCUCGCCACCGCCCUUCGGCGUGGGCCGCCGCGGCGUUGCUCGCGACGGCCGGAUGGUGCGGCGGCGGCGGCGGCGACGACGCCGAGCUCCUAGCCCUCAUCGAUGCCCCCAAGGAUGAGAUGGCAGAGUGCGCCAAGAUCAUCUCCGAGGAGGCGGCGGCGGCGGCGGCGGGGGGCAUUGUGAUCGGCGGCGAAAAUAAGCGCAAGGGCGCGGCGGGGCUGUACUCGGCGCCGGCGAGCCCGAGCGGCGUGAUCGGCGCGUCGGCCUGCUUCAGCUGCGACAGCUCGUCCAGCAGCGUCGACUCGCUGUUCGCCGCCUUGGAGCCACCCGGCCGGCCGAUCAAGCGCGGCGCCGCCGCCGCCACCACCGCGGAUCCGCUUCCCGCCGACGAGGAGAGCCGCGACGCCUGGCCGCCGUACGCCGCAUGAGGCUGCUCUGGUCGGUAUCGGGAAGGGGAGAAGCUAAAGCAAGCCACUAAUUAAGCUUAGGAGGAGGAGGGUUCAGUCCAAGAAAAAGAUGUUCCAUUAACGCAAUGCAAGAAUGCAGGUGCGAAGGGGUAGGUUCAUUCAUGUAGCCAUUGAUGGUCUCUUGGAGCUCAGCUCAGCCUCAACCUCAACCCACCAUAGCCAUGGAUGGAGGUGAGGAAGAAGCUGUUUUGUCCUGUCUGCUCACUCUGCUGGUACCACCACUGUUAGAACCAUGCUUCACACUCUCUCUCUUGUUUCUCUCUCUAGAGAGAAGAGAGAGAGUAUAAAGGAGUAGGAGUAUGAGGAGUGGCAACAAUGGCAAUGGCAUCAAAUGCUGCAAUUGCCCACUUCCCAUGAGCAGCUAGAGCUACAACAGCAGACCUGAGGCUAUUGUGCUCACCUCUUCUUCUUCCACCAUUAAUGAAAAUGCAUUACUACUAGUAGAUCUCUCAAAUUUUUACUAGUGCUGUUUUGGCUUGCAUGGAGCUUCUCUCGUUUUGCCCAAAUAAAUGUGCAUUCUUCCUAUUCUCUUCCAA